AUGUCACUCUCACUUACUAUUUUACCCGUUCUCCCGUCCGAGCUCACACUCUUCGAUCUAACUCGUACAGCGCUACAAUCGUCCAAUGGUCCGGAUCAGAUGCAGGAUGAGCACUCUUUGUUUGAUGUUUAUGGCGAUUUCGGGACUCUGUAUGAAUCGUGGAGUGAGGAAGUGACGAAGCGUUCGUGUUGUCCGCUGUGUGAACGCCGCUUUACCUCGAAGACCGGCGCCAUUGAGUUAUCGGGAAAGCUGUUGGAUAUGAGCCUAGCGGUACCUGAAGACAUUGAGCGACUAGAGCGACAAGUUAAAGAAGAAGAGGAGAAGGAGAGGCGGCUGGCAAAUGCGCUCAUUCAUGUUGACCAGUGCAAGAAGAUCAUGGAUGGUAAGGUAAAACUUGUAAGGAAGGAAGUUGGCGAUUAUAACAAGGAGGAAGCAUCUUUAACCAAAACUUUGGAACGGCUUCGCAAGAAAUAUGAAGCUCAGAGUUCUUCUUUCAAACGUUUGCUGGAUGUAAAGGUAUAA